GGGAAGUUUACUUACGUUGACAAGUCCGAAAAAAUGUUCGUUGGCGGGGAACAAGUCGGACCCGAUAUCCUUCUCCAGUUGGCUGGCUGUUCCGCCCUUCAAGACAAAAUCAAACAUCUUACUUUCGAGUGUGGAGAGGAUUUAAGGCUCACUCGGUUGUACUACAACAUGAUUGUCCACAGACUACCAAAAUCUAUAUUUUGAUCCACUCAGCAGCAGGCUUUCCACCUCCUACUAGCCCCGUAUCUAUUCAUCCCGUGUCGUAUGUGAGUCCGGGCUGUCUGUGUGCAACGUGCCUUGUAGCAAGAUUCAUUCACAGAAGAUCAGGCUGUGUGCACUUGCAUGUACUCGUGCUCCAAUGCCUCUUGUAUGUCGUGUGCGAGUGUAGCCGGCAGGACUUGGAAAAAACCAACCCAGAGAGACAGAGAGGAGAGUCCCCCGAGGAGGACGACGAGGAAAGAGCAAGAGAGAGGACAAGUGCAUGCCUCCAGUACGGCUGAUAGGGCUGAUGAAAAAGGGACCUCAUGAUGGGCCGUAAAGAGUUCACAUGAAUUGGAAAAUAUGCGGCAAAGACAGAUCAAGGGGUUUGUUUAUCAAAAAUUACAUAUACACUCGUUAACUAGUUCUCUGAUAGCUUGUGUCUAGUCUUGAUAAAAACUUCAGUCGAACAUGAAUCCCCCGGUCCCCUUACGUUUCCUUUUCAGUUGUACCACUAGCUAUGAAGCUUGCAGCAAUUCACCGAGAUUACAUUAUUACACAACUGUUCGUUUGCCUUUAUGGUGCACAACAGUAAAUAGUUUUAGAAUGCCGCAGAAAUGCUUUGAAUAAAAUGAGUUUGAUUUUUUGUGUACUUUUAGUUACAACUUGUUUUGUAUGUCUCCAUAUACGCAGCUCUAGAUGUGUCUCUUGUACCUGUAAAGAAAGCCAAAUUGACUCUUCAUGACAAUUCAAGAAUUCGAGAUCUUGUACAAGGAUUGGUUAUCAAUCAUCAACAUCAACCAGCCAUGUUUUCAGACCGCAAUGCAAUGAAUAUUGUCGAGUUUCCGUCAUGUUGGAAAAAGUCGAGAUCCGUAAAAGAUUCGGAAUGCCAAUCCGAGGCUCAAAAGAUGGUUAUUGUGGAAACGCAAGUGACUCUUCGAGAAGAUGCCGAAUCUCAAACCGAAGAACAGGCUAAGGAGACCAAAGUAAACGAAGACCAAAUUAACUUGCCCUCAUUGGUGAAGUUCCUGGUCAAAGUAACCCCCAUUAUGGAGGAGGAAUUAGCCGCCGCUGCUCGAAGUCGUGCCUUUGACGGGUAUGAGCUGGCCACUGAGAAAACCGAUUCAGAGAUGCGGAAACUUCACGUGCUCGUCAACGGCAAUCAAGAAGAUAUUCGUGUGAGUGGCUUAACUUGGGGUCCCUCGGGAUCGGUGAUGGCUGUGAGUUAUGAAAUGGAAACUCACAUGGAUUGGUGCGACCACCUGACGCAGUUAUGCAUUUGGAACAUCAACCGACGAGAUUUCGAUCCGAACAAGCCGUACAAAAUCAUACCGGCCUCAUCCUGUCUAACUGUGGUUCAAUUUCACCCGAGAGAUCCAGCAUACGUGGCAGCCGGUGGAUUCACGGGCGAAAUAUAUUUGUGGUCCGUUUCUCGAGAACAAGAUCCCUUGGUGGCCAAUUCAUCGUCCAUGAGUGGUCAUCGAGAGAAAAUCACCAGUCUUCAUUGGAUCAAUGCCACAACCACAGCUGAGGGCUCCUUGCGCCACACUCAAUUAUUGUCCGCAGCCUUGGAUGGGAAAAUGAUUCUCUGGAAUAUCGACAUGAACACCCAAGCUCUGACACCUUCCAAGCGGUUUUGGAUCCCGGCCGAGCACAUUCCUCGAUCAUUGAAUGCGAAAAUCAGAGCCAGAACAGAGUUAGGGAUCACAUGUUUGGACCUGAAUAAGGAGGACGAGAACAUCAUACUCCUAGGUACUGAGGCCGGAGCGGUCUUUCAGGGUUCGCUCGCCGCCAUUCUGCCCGUUCAGGGACCGGAUAAAGAGUCCGAUGAGGGUCCUGAAUAUCUCGAUCCAGUCAGUGUCAGCUUCCAACCUCAUCGAGGCCGAAUCUUGGAGGUACGAUGCUCCCCAUUUGCUCGGGAUCUAUUUUUUUCCUUGGGCUCGGAUCGAGAGAUUCGCUUAUGGAGUCUCCUCCAACCCCACGCUCCUGUGGCCAUCCUUCACUCAGAGGCCACUAUCCCCCUACGGGCUCAAUGGUCCCCAUUUCGACCCGCCGUAUUAGCCUUGACAUCGUCGCAAGGCCAACUUUUCCUUUACGACUUAAGGCAAUCCGUGUCACGUGCGGCCUUGAGUGUCAAAUCUUCAGAGCGGUCGGUGGCUUUACCGUCGCUCAGCUCUUUGGCCUUUAACGCUUGGACACCAGGUUGGAUUGGGGCGGGUGACGCCCAUGGCGGGACUCAUGUGUGGAAGCUCCCGGCGCCCUGGAGUGGCACGGACCAACAAACCCGCGACCGGCUCUGGAUCACCAAUCUUCUCACUCGGCUCGAAGAUGAAGAACAAUAAUUUGUAAUUGUAAAUGAAAGACAAUCAAUGGAACCGUGACACGUGCAAAAAACUCACGUUAAGGACAAAUAAAUGAUAUUUGAUGCUAAGCUCGUCGGACCUCAUGUCCAGACCCACUUACCAUACGUGCACAGGGAAUGAGUUUCGCCCCCCAAAUUCGUCCCAAAUCGCCCAUGAUGGACCAGCUUUGACAGCGGGUUUGGAAGACCUGCGUUAGCACCUCAUAGUGGCUGAGGAUGAAUGAGAUGAUCCGGUCCAAUUUGAGCGAUUUUGGGCCAAUGGGGCACUUCAGACGACGAGAUUAUCUUUGGUGAGAUUGUAUCCAAGAUGAAAUAUUUUGAUCAUGCCUUUUCA